CGGGUAGGACUGGUUCCCGGCAGGAGGCUGGUCUACAAGGAGAGGGGGAAUCGAAUUAAACCGGGAUGGCCUUACAUCAGAUCUAGGGUGUCUAGGACCCAAGGUGCUGCACCCCGAGGGGACGUGGUCCCUUGCGAGCGAGGCCUUUAGGGCGCAGGAAGGUCGGGUUCCGAGUGGACGGGGUCGCGAUGUGCAGGAGACGGCUAUCUGAAUGUUACUCGGCUCUUGUCCGCCUGGCAGCAUGAGGCAUCGCACCCUAACCUCCAGCCCGGCCCUCUGGGCCUCUAUACCGUGUCCACGCUCUGAACUGCGUCUAGACCUGGUUUUAGCUUCUGGACAGUCCUUCCGGUGGAGGGAGCAAAGCCCUGAACACUGGAGUGGCGUGCUGGCAGAUCAAGUAUGGACACUGACUCAGACCGAGGAGCGGCUCUUUUGUACUGUGUACCGAGAAGACAAGAGCCAGGUGGGCAAGCCCACCCUAGAGGAGCUGGACGCCUUACACAAGUACUUUCAGCUGGACGUCAGCCUGGCUCAGCUGUAUAGCCAAUGGGCUUCUGUAGAUGCCCACUUCCAAAAGGUGGCUCAGAAAUUCCAAGGUGUGAGACUGCUGAGACAAGACCCCACGGAAUGCCUUUUCUCCUUCAUCUGUUCCUCCAACAACAACAUUGCUCGAAUCACUACCAUGGUAGAACGGCUAUGCCAGGCCUUUGGACCUCGACUUAUUCAGCUUGAUGAUGUCACUUAUCAUGGCUUCCCCAGCCUUCAGGCCCUGGCGGGUCCAGAGGUAGAGGCUCACCUCAGAAAGCUGGGCCUGGGGUACCGGGCCCGCUAUGUAUGUGCCAGCGCCAAAGCCAUCCUGGAAGAGCAAGGUGGGCUGGCUUGGCUGCAGCAACUUCGAGCAGCCCCUUAUGAAGACGCCCACAAAGCCCUCUGCACCCUGCCCGGGGUGGGCACCAAGGUGGCUGACUGCAUCUGCUUAAUGGCGCUUGACAAGCCCCAGGCUGUGCCUGUGGACGUCCACGUAUGGCAGAUCGCCCAGCGUGACUACGGCUGGCACCCUAACACAUCCCAAGCUAAGGGCCCGAGCCCUCUGGCCAACAAAGAACUGGGAAACUUCUUCCGGAAUCUGUGGGGACCUUAUGCUGGCUGGGCCCAAGCAGUGCUGUUCAGUGCUGAUCUGCGCCAAUCGAACCAGGCUGGGAAGCCACCAGCAAAGCGCAGGAAGGUCUCUAAGAGGCCAGAAGGCUAGGCAGGACCCAGGAGACCAAAGCUGUCAUUGGUAUUUCCUUUGUGCUCCAUUGUCUUCUCUGUCCCCACCGUCUCAUGUCAAGAAGACUCACCACUCCUACCUCAGUCGGUUUUCACAGGA